CUGUUGCUGUUUCUUCGCUCUUUUUUUUCCCUUCAAGCACAUUGCCACCAGGAGGCAAGGCACUGCCCCUUUAAAUGCAUCCUUUUCCCCUCCUCCUCCUCCUCGGCUGAACGAGCCACCAUUUUCCAAAAAGGAGACUGGAAUCCCACCUGAAACACACGGGCGAUCAGGGGGGCGAGCGGAGGAAGACGGGAACAAAGAAGGGGUCCCGGACUCGGAAAAGUCACCGAGGGAGGAGGAGUGCUGGCCUAAUCUCCCCCCCAAUCCUCCUCCCUACCUGGAAGACAUGGCAGCGAACAUGUACAGGGUUGGAGAUUAUGUCUACUUUGAAAACUCUUCAAGUAAUCCUUUCUUAAUACGAAGAAUAGAGGAACUUAACAAGACUGCAAAUGGGAAUGUGGAAGCAAAGGUCGUCUGUUUCUACAGGAGGAGAGAUAUAUCCAGCACUCUUAUUUCUUUAGCAGACAAGCAUGCAAGAGAAAUGGAGGAAGAAAUGGAAAAUCCAGAGAUGGUGGAUUUACCUGAAAAAUUAAAGCAUCAAUUAAGACACAGAGAGCUGUUUUUAUCUAGGCAGCUUGAAUCUUUACCAGCUACCCAUAUACGGGGCAAAUGCAGUGUUACACUCUUAAAUGAAACCGAAUCCUUAAAAUCUUACUUGGAAAGAGAGGAUUUCUUCUUUUACUCUUUAGUGUAUGAUCCUCAACAGAAGACCCUCUUGGCAGACAAAGGAGAGAUACGUGUUGGCAAUAGAUACCAAGCUGAUGUAACAGAUCUGCUAGAGGAAGGAGCAGAGGAUGGAAGAGACCAAGCUGAUCUAGAAACUAAAGUUUGGGAAGCAUACAACCCCCUUACAGACAAGCAGAUAGAUCAGUUUUUAGUAGUAGCACGAUCUGUAGGUACCUUUGCACGUGCAUUAGACUGCAGUAGCUCUGUCCGACAACCUAGUCUACAUAUGAGUGCAGCUGCUGCUUCUAGAGACAUCACAUUGUUCCAUGCUAUGGACACACUGCACAAAAAUUGUUACGAUAUCUCCAAAGCCAUUUCUGCAUUAGUACCCCAAGGGGGUCCUGUUCUUUGCCGAGAUGAAAUGGAGGAAUGGUCUGCUUCAGAAGCCAAUCUGUUUGAAGAAGCACUGGAGAAAUAUGGCAAAGACUUUACUGAUAUCCAGCAAGACUUUUUACCAUGGAAAUCUCUGACCAGCAUAAUAGAGUAUUAUUAUAUGUGGAAAACAACAGACCGAUAUGUACAGCAGAAACGAUUGAAAGCAGCAGAAGCAGAGAGCAAAUUAAAACAAGUGUAUAUACCUAAUUAUAACAAACCAAACCCAAAUCAGAUUAAUGCGAAUAACAUUAAGCCAGCGAUAGUAAAUGGAACAGUGGUACCAGGCCCAAAUGUGGGGGCAGGUCGGGCCUGUGAGAGUUGCUACACAACACAGUCCUACCAGUGGUAUUCUUGGGGACCUCCAAAUAUGCAGUGCCGAUUAUGUGCAUUAUGUUGGGCAUACUGGAAAAAGUAUGGUGGUUUGAAGAUGCCAACCAGACUGGAUGGUGAGAGGCCGGGUCCAAAUCGUAAUAAUAUGAGUCCUCAUGGUCUUCCUAGAGCCAGCGGAAGCCCAAAAUUUGCAAUGAAAACACGACAAGCAUUUUAUCUACAUACAACAAAGUUGACCAGGAUUGCUAGGCGGUUAUGCCGUGAUAUCUUCCGUCCGCAGUAUGCUGCUAGACAUCCGUACAUGCCCAUCAACAGUGCCGCUAUCAAAGCAGAGUGUACAACAAGACUCCCAGAAGCUUCAAAAACUCCACUGAUGCUGAAACAGAUCGUCAGAAAACCUUUAGAACAAGUUCUACGAUAUAUAGAGGCUCACCCCAGCGCUCCUAAGUUAGACAUAAUAAAAAACAUCUCAACAAGCAUCAAUAAUACCCUAACCCCGGCCAAAUCUUCACCAGUUAUCAACAAUGGGUCUCCAACAAUCUUGGGCAAGCGGAGCUAUGAACAACAUAAUGGUAUGGAUGGCAACAUGAAGAAGCGCCUGCUGAUGCCAAGUAGGGGUAUUCCUAACCACGGACAAACCAGACAAAUGGGACCAAACCGAAACUUACUGCUCAAUGGGAAAUCCUACCCAGCAAAGGUCAGAUUAAUCCGAGGAGGCUGCUUGCCUCCAGUCAAGAGGAGGCAGAUGAACUGGAUUGAUGCUCCUGAUGAUGUUUUUUAUAUGGCAACAGAGGAAACAAGAAAAGUCCGCAAGAUGCUCUCAUCCUCUGAAACCAAGCGAGCUGCCCGUCGGCCUUACAGAGAUAUAGUUAUCUGUCAGUCUCAGGUGGGACUACCUAUGCGUCACCCUGUCAAUGAUGAGCCAAUUGUUAUUGAGGACUAAAAAUCAUCUGAAGAGAGAUAAUCUGCUCGACUGUAGAAGAUUCUUCUCAUGAUGAUACUUGACUUUCGAAGUGUUGAGUUCACGAAAACUUUUUGCAGCUGUUUGCAUCUUUUAAAAGAUUCCAUGCUUUGUAAAAGCAUCAAAAUCUAAAGACUUGUUAACGCUUUGGUUAAUUUUUGUUAACCCAGUCAUUUCCUCAUAAAUGUAGAAUUUAUAUUUGUUGUUAGUACAUUUUCUUUAUUUUGGAAUCUUUUUUUGACUGGUGUUCGCUAACUGCAAACAAAACGUAACUUGUUAAAAAGGACAUUUUGACAGUUAUGGUUUCGUGUUUGAUUUCAUUGCAAUUACAAAAGAUUCUAAAACUUUGUACACUUGAAAAUGUAUUAUUAUUGCUGAUGCCUUUCUUUUUACAAGGUGUAUUGAUUUUACUUUUUGGAAGUGCCAUUUUAAUGUUUUUUUUUUCCCCCAUUUAUAGACGGAAUAAAAACAAAUCUAACUUAUGGAAUAUAAUUUUGAGGAAAGUGUCUGAUAAGAUAUAAUUGUGCUUCUUGUGCUAUGGGAUUAAAUGUUUCCAUACAUAAUGCAUUCAUUUUGGGAUAAACUUAAUGCAUUCACAUAGAAACCAUUAUGCCAAGAUUUUUUACAAUAAACUGUUCAUAUUUUAGUUUAUAUUUAAAAUAAACCUCCGUUUUCACCAACCACCCAUUUAUUCACCAGUAUUUUGGUCUGUUCUCUCUUUGUAACUUGAAGUGCUGUUAAAUACCUUUUUUUGUACUAUUACAGCUGUAAGAUUUGUUAUAUGCACACCUGAUAUCUACAAGUUUGGGAACACUAAAAAGAAACAUUAUACAGUCAAAGGUAAAGAAAUUAAGCAGGCCAGGAUUUAUGUGUAUAAUGAGUAUUUCAGUGUCCGUUCUAGGUGCAACAGGGCCCAUGGCAGAUAUCAAAAUGGGGCACCCUGUGCUGUAGAACUUUGCAUUACCACUUUACAAGUAAAAUAGCCUGAUUGAUUCAGCCAAAAUCAGAGCAGUG